UGGACUCCAGCGACAAUAAAGCAAUACAUUCAAUUAUCAUGUAAUAUUAAACUCAUAAUGACUGCGCAAUGGGCUAUUCAUCCAGCUGGAAUAUACGUAUUAUGGAUAGACUUUUAAUGACAAAUAAAAGCAGCCAUUAUUUUCAGACUGGGGCUACUUCAAAAGUGUUCAAUAAAGGAACAUAUUAGAACAUAUUCUCUCUCUCUCUCUCUCUCUCUCUCUCUCUGUCUGUCACACACACACGGGUAGCUAUAAAAAGACCUUCACGAAACAACAACAGAUUCGUUAAACUUCCACCAGACACACAAAAGAGAAACAUCCAUUUAGUCUCAGAAACACUGAACAGACCAUUCGCUUGCUUUCAUGUUUAUUUAGGGCUCUUUAGAGGAAAUCUGCGUCGCUUGAACAAAUCGCUUAUUACUACUUCAACGUCAUCGCGCAUCGGUCAUAUUUCAUUAUUCAUUUGACCGUUUAACUCCACGAGCCUCAUAAAAGACAGCGCGAGGAGGAAGGCUGGAGAACGGCGAUGUGUGAAUGGCAGAUGGACGCGUGAAGCGCGCGCAGCAGCAGUAGCUGAGCGUUACUGCAGACGGCUCCACGACACUUUGGCGGCGCAGACAUGACAACUUUUGAUUUUUCCGACGUGGAGGCGUUUUUGGAUUGCCACCCGGAGCUCUUUGAGGAAUACCUCGUCAGGAAGGGGAAAUGCGACACCCUGAGCAGGUGGCUCAAAGAGCACCCGCCGUCCAAAACCUCUCCGGCGGCGGAGGAGAAGCGCGGCGCCGCGAGGGAUCCCUUCUGGCCCAUGAACCCCGACGGGCUGAAGCGCAGAUCGUCCCACAUGGAGCUCCGCAGGAACGCCGCCCGCUCCAAAGCGAUGACGGCGCACCGGACCUACGACGAGCACGUCAGUCUCGCGGCUCACGAGUCCCAGUCGAGCAUGCGACGGCGCGCGCUGCUGCGGAAAGCCAGUUCGUUGCCGCCGACCACGGCGCACAUCUUGAGCGCGCUGCUCGAGUCCCGGGUGAACGUGCCUCAGUAUGCCUCCAGCGCCAUCGACUACAAAUACAGACUUAAAGAGUCCAACGAGAGGGAGUUCUUCCUCGAGCUGGUCAAAGACAUUUCUAACGAACUUGACAUGACGAACCUCAGCUACAAGAUUCUUAUCAACGUGUGCAUCAUGGUGAACGCAGACAGGUGCUCGCUUUUCCUAGUGGAGGGACCGUCUCAUAAGAGGACGCUGGUGUCCAAGUUUUUUGACGUGCACUCGGGUACGACGGUGCGACCCUCUUCGAGCACUCUGGACUCAAACGAAGUCCAGGUUCCGUGGGGAAAAGGCAUAAUAGGUUAUGUAGCAGAACACGGAGAAACCGUCAACAUCCCGAACGCAUACGAGGACCAUCGUUUCAGUGAUGAAAUCGACAAGCUGACGGGCUAUAAGACUCAGUCCAUUCUGUGCAUGGCCAUCCGCAACAGCGACGGAGAAGUCAUCGGCGUAGUGCAGGCCAUCAACAAGAACCCCAGCGGGACUCCAUUCACAGAGGACGAUGAGAAGGUGCUUCAAAUGUAUCUACCAUUCUGUGGAAUAUCGAUCUCCAACGCCAAACUCUUCUCCGAAUCCCGCAAGGAGUAUGAGAGGAGCAGGGCCCUGCUGGAGGUGGUGAAUGAUCUGUUUGAGGAGCAGACGGACCUGGAGAAGAUCGUGAGAAAGAUAAUGCAGCGUGCGCUGACAUUGCUGCAGUGUGAGCGAUGCUCGGUGCUACUGCUGGAAGACAUCCACUCUCCCGUAGUAAAGUUCUCCCAGACCUUUGAGCUCAUGUCUCCGCUGUGCAGCGUCGAUCGUGACAUCAGCAUGGAGAAGGUGUCUUGUUCGGACUGGCUGAUCAAUAACAGCAUUGCUGAGUUGGUAGCAUCCACCGGGCUGCCUGUUAACAUCAGUGACGUCUGUCAGGACCCCCGCUUUGAUGCUGAGGCAGACCAGGCUUCUGGUUUUCAUAUCCGAUCAGUUUUAUGCGUCCCCAUCUGGAAUCGGACACAUCAGAUUAUUGGCGUUGCCCAGAUUCUGAAUCGCUUGGACAGAAAGACAUUUAAUGACGCAGAUCAAAGGUUAUUUGAGGCAUUUGUUAUUUUCUGCGGUCUGGGCAUUAACAACACAAUGAUGUAUAACCAGGUUAAAAAGACUUGGGCCAAGCAGUCUGUGGCUUUAGAUAUGUUGUCUUAUCAUGCUACAUGCUCCAAGGCAGAGGUUGAUCGACUGAAGGCUGCUAAGAUUCCCCUAAGCAGCGAGCUCGGGAUCGAUGAGCUCCACUUUAAUGACUUUUCUCUGGACAACGACGCCAUGAUCACUGCCUCCCUGCGGAUGUUUUUGGAGCUCGGUGUGGUGCAGAAAUUCAAAAUUGAUUACGAGGUGCUGUGCCGCUGGCUGCUUACCGUGAGGAAGAACUACCGCACCGUAGCCUAUCACAACUGGAGGCAUGCCUUCAACGUCUCGCAGUGCAUGUUUGUUAUGAUCACCACUGCUGGGUUCCAGGAGGUGCUGACAGACACCGAGACUCUUGCGCUUAUGGUUGGGUGUUUCUGCCAUGACCUCGACCAUCGUGGCACUAACAACGCCUUUCAGGCAAAGUCUGGCUCAGCACUUGCUCUCCUGUACGGAACAUCUGCCACGCUUGAGCAUCAUCAUUUCAACCACGCCGUCAUGAUCCUGCAAAGUGAGGGUCACAACAUUUUUGCAAAUCUAUCCUCCAAAGAGUACAGCAACAUGAUGCAGCUACUGAAACAGGCCAUUCUGUCCACAGAUCUCACCUUGUACUUCAAAAGAAGAACCAAGUUCUUUGAGUGUGUUUUGUCGGGACAGUUCAGUUGGAGUAAUGAAGAACAUAGAGACGUGUUUAGGUCUAUGCUGAUGACUGCGUGUGACUUGGGUGCAGUGACUCGACCAUGGGAGAUCUCAAAACAGGUGGCUGAAUUGGUGACCAGCGAAUUCUUUGAACAAGGUGACAGGGAAAGAUCAGAGCUGAAGCUUACACCGGCUGCCAUUUUUGAUCGCAAUCGUAAAGAUGAGCUUCCCGUGCUCCAGUUAGAAUGGAUUGAUGGAAUUUGCAAGCCGUUAUAUGAGGCGCUUGUGAAGUUGAAUAGGAAGCUUCAGCCGAUGGUAGAUGGAAUUGAUGCCAACCGAAAGAAGUGGGAGGAGCUUUGUCGUUCAUUUCAGCAAACACGGAGAGCCUCUGAGUGCAUCUCCAGUCUGGAAGCAGGAGAGACAGAAACGCCUCAGAGUCCAGACUCCACCCACGAGCCGGAAUCAAGUCAGAGUGAGGUGACCAAUCAGAGACGAGACUCCACCCACUGUGUGGAGCCAAGUCAAGCCACGAUAGCCAAUCACAAAUAAGAGGCGUGAUGUGACCAUUAAAGGACGGCCCACUGAGUCAGGGGUUCCCAAACGACUUUUUUCUGAACCUUAUUUUAAGUUAUUUAGAUUU